CUGGUCUCGCAAAACUCGGCAACUUGGGGCCUUGGACGCAUCUCCCACAGGAACAAGUAUAUCUACAACUACGUUUAUGAUACCUCUGCUUGCGCCGGAACAACCGCAUAUGUUGUCGAUACAGGCAUUCGAACCUCACACUCCGAAUUUGGAGGGCGAGCGCGUUGGGGUGCAAACUUCGUGCCGGACAGAUCCAUGGCUGAACGAGUAGCAGUUGGUUCGCAUGUUGCAGGUACAAUAAUAGGGAAAUCAGUUGGUGUAUGCAAAGCAGCGAAUGCAGUUGCGGUGAAAGUACUGACCCCAACCAAUGAUGGCACGGGGCGUUCAACGGGAGCAUGGUCUUGGAUCAUGGCUGGCAUGGCGUGGGCCUACAAUGACGCUGUUGCUAGAGGCAUCGUCCACAAGUCGGUUCAAAGCAUCUCCAUUGGGGGAGACCUCUACACCCCAGUUAACAAUCUUGCGAACGCAAUUGUUAAAGGGGGAAUGACUAUCGUUGUGGCAGCUGGCAAUGAGAACGUAAAUGCAAAGACAAAGUCUCCUGCAUCCGCCUCAGAUGUCCUCACUAUUGCCGCAUCUGACAUCAAUGAUGCCAGAGCAAGCUUUUCGAAUUUUGGCUCGAGGGUGGAUCUCUUUGGGCCGGGUGUUGAUGUUCUCAGUUCAUACAACUCUUGUGACUCCUGCUACUACUAUAUGAGUGGCACUAGCAUGGCUACUCCUCAUAUUUCCGGCCUCGCGUUGUAUUUCAUCGCAAAGGAGAAUAUCCUCACACCAAGCAAGUUGAGGCAGCGCCUUGUUACAGUUUCCACGCAAGGGAAACUUACAAAUCUCGCCGGUAGCCCGACACGUCUUGGAUAUAACGCCGACGGACUUUGA